UUUGAGACGGACUCGAAACAAACGCAGAGUUGACGCUGGAGGGAGAUUUGAGAGGCGCAUGGAGAGCCGUCCACCUCCAACUUUUUUUUGACUUAGUGGUUAAUUUACUUUUUGCUUUAUCGCUAGACUUUACGUUUUGCCAUCAUGGAGGCGGACAGCGACAUAAAAUCGACGCCCAAAGGCUUCCAGUGCACUUUAUGUAACGUCCACUUACCCAACCUACCCAGCUUGGAUCAGCAUGUCAAAGGGCGGAAACAUAAGACGCUGAGCACUGUGCGGACUACCAGGAAGACACAGGAGCAGCACAGUGUUUUUGUCAGUGGCAUCAAGCCUGACAUCUCUCAGACUGACGUGGUCGAGUACUUCCAGCAGUAUGGGCCGGUGUCAGAUGUUAUCAUGGAUAAAGACAAGGGUGUGUACGCCAUCGUCCAGUUCAAUGAGACCGACGGCGUACAGGCAACCCUGUCCUGUGUUGAGCAUCAGAUGAAAGGCUUGAAGCUGCGCGUCAAACCUCGGGAAAAGAAGGAGUUCAAGUUGAUUCCCAAGAAGAGGAACGACUUCCAGAACCUCCAGCAAAUUCUCGACCGUCUCAAACCUCAGCUGUGUCAGUUGUUGUCUGUGGAUGCACAGAUGCAGUACAUUGUAGAGCGAUGUCAGCUGGGAGAAAACGAAAAGAAGGCCCGAGGCUUGCUGGUUCAACUCCUGCAAGAGGUUUUCGUAGAGUUUUUCCCAGACAGCCAGAUUCUGCCGUUUGGUUCAUCUGUCAACACCUUCGGCAUCCACUCCUGUGACUUGGACUUGUUCCUGGACCUGGAAAACACAAAGGUGUUCCAAGCCCGAGCCAAGUCCACCGCAGAACAGACAGGGGAGGGAACGUCAGACGAUGGCCACUCUGAGGACUCCAUUCUGUCUGACAUUGACCUGUCCACUGCCUCUCCAGCCGAGGUCCUGGACCUUGUGGCAGCAAUCCUGAGACGCUGUGUCCCCAGUGUGCACAAAGUCCACGUGGUCGGCAGCGCUCGUCUCCCUGUAGUCAAGUUCCAUCACCGCGAGCUUAACCUGCAGGGCGACAUCACCAUUAACAACAGACUAGCAGUAAGGAACACCCGCUUCCUCCAGAUUUGUUCAGGGAUGGAGGACAGGCUGAGGCCUCUGGUGUACACCAUUCGCUACUGGGCCAAGCAAAAGCAGCUGGCUGGUGAUCCCAGUGGUGCCGGUCCCCUGCUCAACAACUACGCUCUGACACUGCUGAUCAUCUUCUUCCUGCAAAACUGUGAACCUCCUGUCCUCCCCACAGUGGACAAGCUCAAAGACAUGGCCUGUGAGGAGGAAGAGUGUGUGAUUGAGGGCUGGGACUGCACCUUCCCUAGUCAGCCUAUUGCGGUGCCCCCCAGUAAGAAUAAACAAGACCUCUGCACCCUGCUCGCUGGCUUCUUCUCCUUCUAUGCUAAGUUUGAUUUUGCCAGUGGUGUCAUAUCUGUCAGGGAUGGGCGUGUGCUCCCAAUCACUGAUUUCCUCAGCCAGAAUAAAAAGGAGGAGGCCAUGCAAGAGGAAAAGCCCACCAAGGCCCAUCACCGCGGUCCCAAACUGGGCCCCCUAAAUCUCUUAGACCCCUUUGAGCUCUCCCACAAUGUAGCUGGAAACCUGAAUGAACGCUCGCAGCGCAACUUCCAGAGGGAGUGCCAGGAGGCUGACAAGUACUGCCGCAGCCUGCAGUACCAGCGCAAAUCCACCAAGGGCAAGUCAUGGGGGCUGGUGCGCUUGCUGACCCCCCACGGUGAGGUCCCACAUACUAAAAGAGAGCAGCUGACCAUCAGCAUCCCCUUCAAAUCAGCGUCGCUCACUGAAGUGCUGCGUACUCAGCUGCACAUGGCGGGGGAUGGUUUCCGACUGCUGUGGUUUCAGAAGGUUUGCUCUGCUGUGGAGGGCGUCUUCCAAGGUGUUCUCGGGUGCCGCGUCACUCCCUCCACAGACGCCGUCUUUGGUGAGGAUUCAGCUGCCGAUGCUGCUGAUGAAAUGGAAACUCCCUCGGCUUCCCUCAACACAUCAACCAAUGACAGCUUUGACAGCGUUGAAUCCCAGAACGAAGCCAGCCCUCUGGGUCCAGCUGUGGUCGGUGCCAAGAGGCGACUAUCCUCUGGCAGUGAUGCUUCUGUGUCGCCUCAAGGCAAAAAGCCAAGACUGGCAAAAAGGGGCAAGCCUGGAUUGCCUCACUGGAUGUGUGUGCAAAAGCACAUGGUGUGGGCCGGCAGGAGGAAAGUGAGACGGGAGCUGAUCAAAGAUAGUGACUCGAGGCCUGAGGGCAGCUGCAUGGACCUGGAGUCCCAGGUCACAGCUCACAUUAUUGAAAAAGAGCCAGAGCUCAAGGAACCCCUGGAGUUCAAGGUUCAGCCUCAGAUAGUGGGCGAGACAGAAAGCACAAAGGCAGUGCUCACGUUGGAGCCAACCAGUGACAAGACAGGAGUUUUUCAGGACUUCUUUCAUUUCCUGGAAGCCUUCUUGCCUAAGAUGGUAGAUACAUUGCUAGAGAAAGAAGCAGGGAGUGCUUAGAAGGGACUGAUUUCAGAUAUCUCUGUUGGAUCCAAGAAGUUUUCUUUCUUUUUUUUUUGGUUUUGAUUCAAAGAUGGCAUUACUGCUACUUGUGUUAACCCUUGAGAGUGGGACAUGAAGGAGUGUUACCAUUGCUUUGUUAACUAAGCACUGAUUAUUAAAUUUGUAAAUAUGGGCUUUGUCAGAGGUUUGUAAUGUGUUCAAUGUAUACAAUAUAUUUGUAGUUAUGAGUUUGUUUCAGAAUAAGAUUUCCUGAUUAGCCUACUUUUUAUGUUUAAGAUGUAGCUUGGUUUUAGUACAUUUCUGUUAAAAAUAAUGCUCUAAAAUGAUGAAACUUUAAAGGGUAAAUUCAGUGGCAGACAUUUGGGGUACCCAGCAUCUGAUGCUGACUUCAAAUGAAUAAAAAAAAGUCUUUGUAAAA